AUGGGAUUCGGUUGGAUAAUAUCUUCUCCGACCGUUAUCAAUCUUUCACACAAUGGUUCACUCGAACAUUGCGUUAGUUCAACUCGCGCCGAAUCUUUUACUAUUAUAUUCAGUAUUCUUUUGAUUUGCCCACGAAAUAGUACCGUCUACUAUAUUCAUACUGACUCUCAAGCAACUAUACAUACUUUCAAUUCUUUAUACUCACACAAAACUACACCGCGUCGAUUUCAAAAAAUUAAUAAUUGUUUGACCUGGCAAGCCAUAAAACACAUUAUUGAACAAUUACGUUUAAAAGUUUCGCUGGUAAAAGUGCAAGCACAUUCAGGAAUCGAACACAACAAGGUGGCUGAUUUACUUGCUAAAGAAGGUUGUUUAUUACUCUAUGCACGUCAAUCAAUAAAAAAGGCCUAG